AUGGAGACUACCGCGGCGCCGUGGCAGAGCAGCAGGCAGGCGCGGGAGAUGUCGGCCAUGGUGGCCGCGCUCACCACGGUGGUCGCCGGCUCGGCGCCGCCGCCGGACAAGGGACCCGCUGGCACCGCGCAGCCGCAGGAUGCCUCCAUGGACGAGGCGUGGUGGCCGUACGAGGACCUGCAGGUCACCGAGCCGGCGUCGGCCGCCCGCUUCGUGCUCCACGAUUUAGAUGUGCACGAGGCUACGACACGACGCAGCCGCGCGAGCAGUACUGGCCUGCGGCAGCGACGGCGACGGCGACGGCGACGGUGGCUACCUACUCGCACUCGCAGCACGGCGCCGCCUCUUCCGCCGCGGAUGACGAGCUCCCGUCCCCGCCGUCGGCUGGGGGAGGAGGCAGCACUGGCUGCAGCAGCGGCAGCAGGCGCGAAGCGGUACCGCGGGGUGCGGCAGCGGCCGUGGGGGAAGUGGGCGGCGGAGAUCCGGGACCCGCACAAGGCGGCGCGCGUGUGGCUGGGCACCUUCGACACCGCCGAGGACGCCGCCAGGGCCUACGACGGCGCCGCGCUCAGGUUCCGCGGCAGCCGCGCCAAGCUCAACUUCCCCGAGUCCGCCACGCUCCCGCCGUCCACGCCGCCACCGCCGGCAUCGGCAGCGACACAGCAGCAGCCUCUGACUCCAGCCUCGCGCGUGUUGACGACGACGCCGCCGCCAGCCAGGCCCGAGGCGCUGCUGGAGUCGCAGGCGCUCCCCGCCGGCGGCAGCAGGGACCCCUACUCCGAGUACGCCAGAUUGUUGCAGAGCGGCGGCGGCGGUCCCAGCGCAUCGUCGGGGACUCCAACUCGGAGUGUUACGUUACUGCCUCCACCACCUCCUCCCGCUUCGGCGUACGGGUUCAGAGCAGAGGGCCAGACCCCCGAGGGCUACGACUACCUCACGCCGCCGCAGAGCCGCGCGGACCCAGGACAGCCCCCGGCGGCGGCGUGGCCAGGCUUCUACAGCUCGUCGUACUACCCGUCGUGUCCGUGGGAUCAGUCAGGUUGA